ACAUUUCCAAAUCAAGCUGCCUAAGGAAGAUGGGCACCAAUGGAAAGGUUAUUACAUGCAAGGCAGCCAUUGCCUGGGAAACAGGCAGUCCCCUUUGCAUUGAAGAAGUUGAAGUGUCUCCCCCCAGGGCUCGUGAAGUUCGAAUUCAGGUAAUCGCCAUGUGCGUGUGCCCAACUGACAUCAACGCUACCAAUCCCAAGAAGAAAGCUCUCUUCCCAGUAGUCCUUGGUCAUGAGUGUGCAGGAAUUGUAGAAAGUGUAGGGCCAGGAGUGACCAACUUCAAACCAGGUGACAAAGUAAUUCCAUUCUUUGCACCGCAGUGUAAAAAGUGCAAGUUCUGUCUGAGUCCUCUUACAAACCUCUGUGGGAAAAUCGGGAACUUUAAAUUCCCCAAUACUGAACAAGAGCUCAUGGAAGACACAACAAGCAGAUUUACCUGCAAAGGAAAACCAAUUUACCAUUUCAUGGGAGUCAGUUCAUUCUCUCAGUACACUGUAGUUUCAGAAGCCAAUCUUGCCAGAGUCGAUGAUGACGCAAACUUGGAGAGAGUUUGUCUGAUUGGAUGUGGGUUCUCAUCAGGCUACGGGGCUGCCAUCAACACUGCCAAGGUCACCCCUGGCUCUACCUGUGCUGUCUUUGGCCUGGGCUGUGUAGGUCUUUCUGCAGUAAUCGGGUGUAAAACGGCAGGUGCUUCCAGAAUCAUCGCUAUUGACAUCAACAGCGAGAAGUUUCCAAAAGCCAAGGCCCUGGGAGCCACUGACUGCCUUAAUCCCAGGGACCUAGAUAAACCCAUCCAGGAUGUCAUCACUGAACUGACCAAUGGAGGUGUGGAUUUCUCCCUUGACUGUGCAGGAACAGCUCAGUCCUUGAAAGCAGCUGUGGAGUGCACAAUAUUUGGCUGGGGAUCAUGUACUGUGGUUGGAGCAAAGGUUGAAGAAAUGAAUAUAUCCACUGUGGACAUUAUAAUGGGCCGUUCCAUAAAUGGAACAUUCUUUGGUGGUUGGAAAAGUGUAGAUUCUGUCCCAAACCUGGUUACUGACUACAAAAAUAAGAAAUUCGAUCUGGACAUACUGGUGACCCAUACCCUACCUUUUGACAGAAUCAAUGAGGCGAUUGACCUGAUGAACCAAGGGAAAAGCAUCCGAAUAAUCCUGACCUUUUGA